GCCAAACACCUUCCUGACACCAUGAGGGCCAGCAGCUUCUUCAUCGUGGUGGUGUUCCUCAUCGCUGGGAUGCUGGUUGUAGAGGCAGCUGUCACGAGAGUUCCUGUUAAAGGUCAAGACACUGCCAAAGGCCGUGUUCCAUUCAAUGGACAAGAUCCUGUUAAAGGACAAGUUUCUGUUAAAGGUCAAGAUAGAGUCAAAGGGCAAGGGCCAGUCAAAGGUCCAGUCUCCACUAAGCCUGGCUCUUGCCCCAAUAUCUUUAUCCGGUGCGCCAUGUUGAAUCCCCCUAACCGCUGCUUGAAAGAUACUGACUGCCCAGGAAUCAAGAAGUGCUGUGAAGGCUCUUGCGGGAUGGCCUGUUUUGUUCCCCAGUGAGAUGGAGCCUGUCCUUGCUGCACCUGUGCUGUCCCCAGAGCUACAGGCCCCAUCUGGUCCUAGGUCCCUGCUGCCCUUCCCCUUCCUACACUGUCCAUUCUUCCUCCUAUUCAGGAUGCCCAAGCCUGGAGCUGCCUCUCUCACCCACUUUCCAAUAAAGAGUUCCUUCUGCUCCA